AUGGCCGCGGCUCCCGGAGGGUCUGCGCCGCCCUCCGGCCCCGGCCCGCGCCUGGCUUUCAGCACCGCGGACAGCGGCAUCGGCAUGAGCGGGCUGAACCCUGGUCCCGCGGUGCCCAUGAAGGACCACGACGCCAUCAAGCUCUUCGUGGGGCAGAUUCCGCGGGGCUUGGACGAGCAGGACCUCAAGCCGCUGUUCGAGGAGUUCGGCCGCAUCUACGAGCUGACCGUGCUGAAGGACCGGCUCACCGGCCUCCACAAAGGCUGUGCCUUCCUCACCUACUGCGCACGGGAUUCUGCUCUCAAGGCCCAGAGUGCACUGCACGAGCAGAAGACCCUGCCAGGGAUGAGUCGUCCGAUCCAAGUGAAGCCGGCUGCCAGUGAGGGCCGAGGAGAGGACCGGAAGCUGUUUGUAGGGAUGUUGGGCAAGCAGCAGGGUGAGGAGGAUGUCAGACGUCUGUUCCAGCCCUUCGGCCAUAUCGAGGAGUGCACUGUCCUGCGGAGUCCUGAUGGUACCAGUAAAGGCUGUGCCUUUGUGAAAUUCGGGAGUCAAGGGGAAGCUCAAGCUGCCAUCCAGGGACUGCACGGUAGCCGGACAAUGACGGGCGCCUCAUCCAGCCUGGUGGUGAAGCUGGCAGACACCGACCGGGAGCGCGCGCUGCGGAGGAUGCAGCAAAUGGCUGGCCAGCUGGGCGCCUUCCAUCCAGCGCCACUGCCUCUCGGGGCCUGUGGCGCCUACACCACUGCGAUCUUGCAACACCAGGCAGCAUUGCUGGCGGCGGCGCAGGGUCCUGGGUUAGGCCAGGUGGCCGCGGUGGCCGCCCAGAUGCAGCACGUGGCGGCCUUCAGCCUGGUGGCUGCACCGCUAUUGCCUACAGCAGCCAACGCAUCACCUGGUGGAGGUGGUCCUGGUGCACUCCCCAGCCUUCCAGCGCCCAUGGGGGUCAAUGGAUUCGGCUCCUUGACCCCCCAGACCAAUGGACAGCCAGGCUCCGAUUCGAUCUAUAACAACGGGCUUUCCCCUUACCCAGCCCAGAGCCCCGGUGUGGCUGAUCCCCUGCAGCAGGCCUACGCUGGGAUACACCAAUAUGCAGCAGCCUAUUCCUCGGCCUAUGCCCCAGUGAGCACAGCUUUUCCCCAGCAGCCUUCAGCUCUGCCUCAGCAACAAAGAGAAGGCCCCGAAGGCUGUAACCUCUUCAUCUAUCACCUGCCUCAGGAGUUUGGGGAUGCAGAACUCAUACAGACAUUCCUGCCCUUUGGAGCCGUUGUCUCUGCCAAAGUGUUUGUGGAUCGUGCCACCAACCAGAGCAAGUGUUUUGGGUUUGUUAGUUUUGACAAUCCAACCAGUGCCCAGACUGCCAUCCAGGCCAUGAAUGGCUUUCAAAUCGGCAUGAAGAGGCUCAAGGUCCAGCUAAAGAGACCUAAGGAUGCCAACAGGCCUUACUGA